AUUCACUUUCCUUUAGAAAACGAAAUAAAACAAAAAUAAAAAAUAAAAUUACACGGGCUUUCACCAAUCACAACCAGCCCUUUAUAUAUAAUAAAACUCCACAUUUAUAUCAAUACAGUGAUCGAAUAAAAACCUUAUUUUUCCCGUGACUCUCAACAAAUAUUAACCUUAAAUCGGAAAUUCAUGGCGAUUGUGGAGGAAGCAUACGUGUACGAGGAGGAGACGCAUCUCACCGUGCUCAAGACUUCACUCUUCUUCGCCGGCGACGGCUUCACCGCCUACGACUCAAAAGGCGAACUCGUUUUCCGGGUUGACUCGUACGGCCCCGACGCCGGCGACUCGAGCGAACUCGUUCUCAUGGACGCCUCCGGCAGGUGCAUCCUUACCGUCCGCCGCAAGAGGCCGAGCCUCCACCAGCGGUGGGAAGGCUUCGUCGGCGAGGGGGCGGAGGGGAAGAAGCCUCUCUUCAGCGUCCGGCGGUCGUCGAUCAUCGGGCGGUCGAGCAUGACUGUGGAAGUGUACAGCCCUGGCGAGGAGUACCAGAUCGAGGGCUCCUUCGCCUGCCGGAAUUGCAGCAUCCUCAACGCCGACAAGGAGGCCGUGGCCGAGAUCCGCCGCAAAGUCGACGCCACCACCAACGUUGUGCUCGGGAAGGACGUCUUCGUGCUCAGCCUGAGGCCGGGCUUCGACGGCGCCUUCGCCAUGGGGCUUGUCCUCGUGCUCGAUCAGAUCCACGGCGGCGAUGAUGACGAGGUCGGCGGCUGUGGGAAUGGAGCGAGGGUUGGUGUGGAUCCAACUCCCAUUGCAACACACGAGGGUACGGAUUUUGCUGCUUAAAUUUUUUUUUCCCUUUUCUUUUCUUUUUCCCGAUUUUUCGAGGGGGAAACGAAAUUGCACUUUGGCCCCAAGUUAAUUUGCCUAUGUACAAUUUAGCCCUCCGUUGAUAUGAUUUUAGCAGUUUUAAUACCUUUUUAUGGUGAGGAAAAUAUAUGUAUGUAUGGUACAAAAAAUUGCAUCUAUUUUCAGAUCUGACGACAUAUUGCAUUAGUAUGAAAGUUUGUAAAAGAACAAUUAGGCAGUCAACAGAAACAAAAUCCGCUCCUUUCUUUCUCCUCCCAAAAAAAUCCCCAAUCUUCCCAUAUUUUAGAUGUUCAAUGUUUUUCAGUUUUUAUUAACGAAAGCAGUUUAGUCCUUUGCGUUUUAAAUGAUUGUUGCUUUUGUCACCGCUGUAUAUAACAGUCACCUUCUUCUUCAUUUUGUAACAUAACACUUGAGUUAUUUUCUGAUUAAUGAAAAUGAGAGUUUUCUCUCGGUUGAAUUGCUUAUUUUCCUCUCAAAUGGCUCUCUGAUCGCCAACAUUCUUCCAUGUUCAGUUAGUGGGAACAACGAUGAUUCUGGCUUGAUUGAUAUGCGGUGUUUAGUGAUAUUGAAAGAAACUAUGAAUCAUGAGAUCUGUUCUCCAAACUAAAAGAUAAUAAAAU